AUGGGUUUGAAGAUGCUAAACUUCUGCAGAACAGUUAUACAAAAGAUUGAACCCUCUCAUGUGGAUACUUGUUUUGCUACUAAGAAACAAGGCUGUGGGAUUGAUUAUCCAUACAUGGAGAACGCAGAUGUGGCUGUCUCUGAUAAGGCGAGAAGUUCAGAGCAUUACUCAGAAAUGGAUCGAGAAUCUGCAACACAGAACGAUAUUUCCCAACGAGGUUCGAGUCCAUCGGGAAAAGCCAUGGAUAGACAGCGCGAGGCUCAAGAAUAUAUUCGCAAUCGUCGAGCACAAGCGACUGUCGCAGACGAGGCAGAUGAGAAUGUCAUGGUCAAUAACGUUUCACAGUUCGGGCCACAAAAUAUAAGUACAGAAAGUGAAGAUGAUGAACAAAAGCUACUUAUCACAUUAGCAGAAAAGUACAACUACAAUUUAUACUUAACUAAUGAUGAUUUUAAAGCCCCCGGGGAACUCUGGAAGUCCCAUAAUCGAGCAUACUAA